GAGGAUUAUGGUUAGACAGCGGAAGUACGAUGGCGGAGCUGACAGAUGAGGUGUUUUCUCUCUGAUGCUUGGAAACAGAAGAGCUUGACUUCAUCCUGAGGAGGAUCAGACGGCAGCAUGGCAGAUGAGAACGAGACACCUGCUGUUGCUCCUCCAGUGUUUGUGUUUCAGAAAGAUAAAGCACAAAAGAGGUCAGCAGAGGGAUCCAGCACAGAGGAUGGAGAGGACUCUGAUAAAGAAGACGGCAGUUACAGUCCUGCUGCCAAAAGAGGAAGAAGAUCACCAUUUACGCAAUUCCCACCUUCUCAUUCCGUUUCUAAGAAUAAUGUUUUCAUGCCAUCCAGUUUCUGCCAGUCACCAACCGGAAACUCCGACUCAGAACCUGAAGAGAAGACUGUGGGGUUUCGCCUGAAGCCCCCGACUCUUAUCCAUGGCCAGGCGCCGAGCGCUGGUGUCCCCAGCCCAAAACCCAAAGAAGCCCAGCGCAGCAUCCUGAGACCUCCAGUGCUGCAGCCCCCUCCGGCCCGAUCCCCCCCUCAGAACAACACAAGCAAAAGCAGUUCAAACGGAGCAAAAAACCUCUCAGAUGGAGGAGCAGAAUGUGAAGGUAACUCAGAGACGCCUGCUGCUGGCACACAGGAUAAUGACGUGACAUCGGUAAAGAACAACAGCACUUUUGAGCACAAAACAGAAGACAAAACUGAAGGUGCCCCAAUUGAGGGCAGUUUUGUGUUUGGACAGAAUAUGAGGGACAGAGCAAAGGUGGCCAACAGCUGUGUCUUAUCCGAGAGUGGCGAUUGUCUUCUGGCUGAAAAUUCAGAGGAAACAAAUUACUUUUUGCAGUGCAUCACUUCCAGUGCACAAAAACCUGAUAGCAGCAAUGCCAACAGCGUGAAGUUUGUCUUUGGGCAGAACAUGUUGGAUCGUGUCUUGGCGCUGCCGAAAUUCAGCACUGAACCUCCAGGGGGCAGCAGAGAGCCUCAGCCUGAGAUGGGCCUGUUCAGCCAGAUUUCCUCCUCACAAGAUCAAACUGUGGAGAAGAGUGACACCAUGAAAGAGUCUCUGGAGGAGUCGGCGGCACGACACGAAGCACACAAACCCCAGAAGUGUUUAUUAGAGCGGGUGGAGGUCAGGACAGGAGAGGAGUCUGAGAGCAACGUGCUGCAGAUGCAGUGUAAGUUGUUUGUGUUUGAGAUGCUGUCUCAGUCGUGGGUGGAGAGAGGAUGUGGAGUGCUCAGACUCAAUGACAUCGCAUCCGCUGAUGACGGCACCUUACAGUCCAGACUGGUCAUGCGGACUCAGGGAAGCCUUCGAGUGAUCCUCAACACUAAGCUUUGGCCUCAGAUGCAAGUGGAUAAAGCCAGUGAGAAGAGUCUCAGAAUAACAGCCAUGGACACAGAGGAGCAGGACGUCAAAGUCUUCCUCAUAUCUUCCAGCUCUAAGGACGCUGCGCAGCUCUUUGCAGCCCUGCACCAUCGUAUCCUGGCGCUGCGGAGCAUCAGCGGGCAGGAGUCUGACGGCCGUCCGGCCAUCCGCUUCAGUGAUGACGACGAGUCCCGCACACCCCCCACAUCGGCUACGCCUGCUCCAGGUAGUCUUUCAUACCAAGUAUGAAAGGAAGCUACCAUCAAAGAUGGUUAUCUACACUUGUAAGGUAAUCUGGAGGCAGGUGUGUGUCCAUCCACAGGUGACACAUAGUGGUGAGCCUGCUGCUGAUUUCUAUCCCACAAUGCCUCACUGCAGCCCUUUGAUCCGCUCAAAUACUAUGCAGGUGUUUUUAUUCCAAAAUCCUUCAGGUGUACUGUAGUCUUGUGUUCAGCUGGUUUUAUUUAUUGCAUUAUUAAUGUCAUCAUAUUGAUGAAAAAGAGAGGCUCUUAGUGUUUUAGUAAACUGGUUGUCCAUUCUAAAUGCGAGACUUAAUUACUCAAUUUCCUGCUGAGUGGAAACAGGGUAAAUUUCACACAGAGUUAACAGAAACCAAACACAGAUGCUAGUUGUCCCAUCUCAUCUUCCAUCACGGUUCUGCUCAGUUUCGGCUGCAUUGUUCAAAUUAUCCCUCACGUUCUCUCUUUAGAUUUCAGAAUGACUUUACUUGAGUCAUGUGAUGUGUAAGCGGCAUUUAGUUUCCUCAUAUAGUGCUGUAGAUCAGUACAAUAUUAAAAGAGAGCUGAUCGUUCAUGUUCAGUCUUAUAAACAUUUCAGAAUCAGAAGUUUCACACUGCGGCUUUAAGUGGACCUCAUUUAUUAUUCAUAUUAGAUCAAAUUGGUUUAUGGUCUCUUUAUUUAAAGGAAAAGUUCACCUAUAAAUGAAAAUUCUGUUGUGACUCUCUUGUUGUUUCAAAGCUGAAAAAAGUACAUAUUUUUGAGGAUUCUAAAAAAAAAACAAAAAAACAGAAUAUAGGUUUGGAUGCAUAAACAAUGACAGCGUUUUUAUUUUUGGGUGAAAUGUUUCAGCUUUUACUUAUCAUUGCGGCGAGGUUGACCUCAACUUGCAAACAAAAGGAACCAUUGUACAAAUACUUACUGUAAAUUAUUCUCCCGUUUCAAUGCAAUAGUACCUUUUCACACAGUAUAUUUUUAUGAAUGUGUCCUGUAAAUCAAGUUAUUAUUGUAUAGUUUAGGAUGGAAAGUUUUAUAGCAAAAUGUCUUAUUGACAUGAAUUAUUAUCAUAAAAUGGGUUCUGUAUUGUUACUACAGUAAUACUAUAUAGUGUUUUUCACCUAAAUAUUUGUU